AUGAUAGAAGAAGAGGGACAACAAGUAAAGAGCUAAUUGGAACAGCAAUUGAUAGAAGCAAUUCUAGACUCGCUAUAGAAUCAUAUGGACCAGAAUGCCAUCUUUUUGGCUGAGAGAUUGGUGUACGAACGAGACACAGAGGAGCACAGAUCAAUCCUAGCAGAAUGCUAUUUACAUGAGAAUCAGGCUUAUAAGGCAUGUCAUAUAUUGAAGGAAUGCAAGUCAGAGUUUAAUCGUUAUCAACUGGCUGUUGCAUGGUUCAGGAGUAAAAAAUACAAGGAAGCUGAGAUGGCAUUAAUAGGACCUUCCUUUAGCAAUCAAUUCGCGAUAUAGUCAACAAAUGUGCCAAAUGGAGGUUUUGGCCACUUCUUAUUGGGAUAGAUUUAUGAACAGAUGCAUAGACUAGAAGAUGCCAAAAUCUAAUAUUACAAGGCUUUGGAUUAGAAUCCAACUCUUUGGAUGGCCUUUGAAAGGUUGUCCAAGAUUGGAGAACCAGUCGCAAUCAAUAAAGUGUUUAUUGAACAAAAACAAAGACAAUAUGAGACAAGCAGAUAAUAGAGUUGUAACAUUUACAAAAUAAUUGCUAACUUACUUAAAAGCAAAUCAAAUAUUGGCAAAUCAGGUUCAAAAGAAGUCGAAGAUGUUAAAGAAGAAUCUCUAAUAACUGAUAAUCAAUUGGCAAAUAAGAGAUAAACUCAAGGAGUGAAACCAUUCUCAACUACUGGAGUGUAGGCUUAAAUAAUGCAUAUGGAUGACUCAUCGAAUAGUUAAAUGAAGUUUUCCUGUAAGUUUAAUAUGAUAAUAUUUUAAGAGCCUUAGUAGAAGAAGGUGGGGGCCAAGAUGAUCCCAACUCCUGGUAUUGGACUCCAGAAUUAUCAGUCUCUACUGAGUCAACCAUUCCAGUUAUCAUAAAAUUCAAACAAGAAUUACAAUGCAAAAAAGAGUGAAAUCCAGAAAGUAGCUCUUUCAUCAUCAUCAUCUAGUUUAAUGAACUUACCUCAACUCUUAAAAUUAUUUGCUCAUCCAUAUCAAUUGUGGACUAACUAUUCUGUGGAGGCAAUAGCCAAUUUUUAGAAACUGCCUCCUCAGCAUUACAGAUCAGGAUGGGUUUUAGAGAAGGUUGCCAGAAGCUUUAUGGAUUAAGUCAAAUAUACAGAUGCUGAAAGAGUUUGGAAGGAGUUGAGACAAAUUGAACCCACUCGAUUGGAGGGUAUGGAUUACUACUCAUCUUGUUUAUGGCAUUUGAAGAAAUAAUCAGAAUUAACAUAUUUAGCACACUCUUGUUUAUAAAUCUCUACUCAAGCACCUGAAACAUGGAUUGCAAUUGGAAAUUGUUUUAGUUUGACCAAAGAAAUAGAUAAUUCAAUCAAAUUCUUUGGGAGAGCCAUUCAAUUGAGGAAAGAUUACUCUUAUGCUUACACUUUGUCUGGACAUGAAUUUUCACAAAAUGAAAACUUUCAAUAAGCCAAAAAAUCAUAUGAGGCUGCCACCUCAUUAGAUUAGAGACAAUACAAUGCUUGGUGGGGUUAGGGUAAUAUGUAUUACAAGACGGAUAAAUAUGAGGAUGCCAUCAAAUGCUUCAUCUAAGCCAUCAGAAUAAAUCCCAAUAAUCCUGUUCUACCUACAUUUUUAGCUAUGAGUUAUGCUGCCAAGGGUGAACAUAAUGAUGCUUUGAAGUACUUCGAAUAGAGUGAGAGGUUAGAUCCCAUGAAUGGACUUAACAAAUACUAGAAAGCAAAUUCAUUGAUUAAAAUGGAUAAAUACGAAUAAGCUUUAAGUGAAUUGCAGACUUUGAGUUAAUUUAUUCCCAAAGAGGCUGCCAUCUAUAUUCUUAUGGGUCGUAUAUUAAAAAAGUUGAAUAAGAUCCAAGAAGCAUAAAAUUGUUUCAAUAUGGCAAUGUCACUUGAUAUGAAAGAUUAGGCUAAGAUUAAAGGGCUGAUGGAAAGUCUGAGCAAUCCCAACAGCGAAUUCAACGAUGAUUUUGAUUUAUGA